GGCUGGGAGAGGACCUUCCCACCCUUCUCUCCUGCCUUCCCUCCCACCCAAGCCACCUCAUUUCCUCUUCCUUUCCAACCCACUGGACAACACGGGCUGAGCACUCAGACCCACAACCACCGACCCCAGGCCCAGCUGGUCCUGGCUGGCCUGGGUCAGCCACCAGAGUAUGAUCUGGCUGGGGUCCCCUCUCCUGCUCGCCAUCUUCUGUCUGACUUCUCAUGUGGGCGCGGCGGUGGACCUGACGCUGCUGGCCAACCUGCGCCUCACCGACCCCCAACGAUUCUUCCUGACCUGCGUGUCCGGGGAGGCCGGGCCAGGCAGGGGCGCGGAAGCCUGGGGUCCCCCUUUGCUGCUGGAAAAGGACGACCGCAUUGUGCGCACCCUCCCGCCGGGACAGCCGCUGCACCUGGCACGCAACGGCUCGCACCAGGUCACACUGCGGGGCUUCUCCAAGCCCUCAGACCUCGUGGGCGUCUUCUCCUGUGUGGGCGGCGCCGGGGCGAGGCGCACGCGCGUUGUCUACGUACACAACAGCCCAGGAGCCCACCUGCUCCCUGACAAGGUCACACACACAGUGAACAAAGGCGACACUGCUGUGCUCUCGGCCCGCGUGCACAAGGAGAAGCAGACGGAUGUCAUCUGGAAGAGCAAUGGAUCCUAUUUCUAUACCCUGGACUGGCAAGAGGCUAAGGAGGGGCAUUUCCUGCUGAAGUUGCCCAACGUGCAGCCCCCAUCGAGUGGCAUCUACAGUGCUACCUACCUGGAAGCCAGCCCCCUUGGCAGCGCCUUCUUCCGGCUCAUUGUGCGGGGCUGUGGGGCCAAGCACUGGGGGCCAGGCUGCACCAAGGACUGCCCAGGCUGCCUGCAUGGAGGGGUCUGCCAUGACCAUGAUGGCGAGUGUGUGUGCCCUCCCGGAUUCACUGGAACCCGCUGUGAGCAAGCCUGCAGAGAGGGCCGCUUUGGGCAGAGCUGUCAGGAGCAGUGUCCGGGAACAUCAGGCUGCCGGGGCCUCACCUUCUGCCUCCCUGACCCCUACGGCUGUUCCUGUGGGUCUGGCUGGAGAGGAAGCCAGUGCCAGGAAGCCUGCUCCCCUGGCCAUUUUGGAGCCGACUGCCGCCUGCAGUGUCAAUGUCAGAACGGUGGCACCUGUGAUCGCUUCAGCGGCUGUGUCUGCCCCUCCGGGUGGCAUGGAAUGCACUGUGAGAAGUCAGACCGAAUCCCCCAGAUCCUCAACAUGGCCUCAGAGCUGGAGUUCAACUUGGAGACCACACCCCGGAUCAACUGCGCAGCUGCUGGGAACCCCUUCCCAGUCCGGGGCAGCAUGGAACUGCGCAAGCCCGAUGGCACUGUGCUGCUGUCCACCAAGGCCAUUGUGGAGCCAGAUAAGACCACAGCUGAGUUCGAGGUGCCCCGCCUGGCUCUGGGAGACAGCGGGUUCUGGGAGUGUCGCGUUUCCACAUCUGGUGGCCAAGACAGCCGGCGCUUCAAGGUUAAUGUCAAAGUGCCUCCGGAGCCCGUGACUGCACCGCGGCUCCUGGCCAAGCACAGCCGCCAGCUUGUGGUAUCCCCCCUGGUCUCCUUCUCUGGGGAUGGACCCAUCUCCUCCAUCCGCCUGCACUACCGGCCCCAGGACAGUACCAUGGCCUGGUCCACCAUUGUGGUGGACCCCAGUGAGAACGUGACGUUAAUGAACCUGCGGCCAAAGACAGGAUACAGUGUCCGCGUGCAGCUGAGCCGGCCAGGGGAAGGAGGCGAGGGGGCCUGGGGGCCUGCCACCCUCAUGACCACAGACUGUCCUGAGCCCUCGUUGCAACCGUGGCUGGAUGCCUGGCAUGUGGAGGGCGCUGACCGGCUGCGAUUGAGCUGGUCCUUACCCUCGGUGCCUGGGCCUCUGGUGGGUGACGGUUUCCUGCUGCGCCUCUGGGAUGUGACACAAAGGCAGGAGCGGUGGGAGAAUAUCUCAUCCCCUCAAGACCGCACCACUCUCCUGACCGGACUCACACCUGGUGCCCACUACCAGCUGGAUGUGCGGCUGUACCACUGCACCCUCCUGGGCCCAGCCUCGCCCCCUGCACACGUGGUUCUGCCCCACAGCGGGCCUCCAGCUCCCCAACACCUGCAGGCCCAGGCCCUCUCAGAUUCUGAGAUUCAGCUUACAUGGCAGCAUCCGGAGGCUCCACCUGGGCCAAUAUCCAAGUAUAUUGUGGAAGUGCAGGUGGCUGGGGGCUCGGGGGAUCCUCUGUGGAUGGACGUGGACGGGCCAGAGGAAACAAGCACCGUGGUCCGCGGCCUCAAUGCCAGCACUCGCUACCUCUUCCGCGUGCGGGCCAGUGUCCAGGGUCUUGGUGACUGGAGCAAAACGGUGGAAGCGUCCACCCUGGGCAACAGAUUGCUAAGUGAAGACCCCGUCCAAGAAAGCCGGGCGGCCGAGGAGGGCCUGGACCAGCAGCUGGUCCUAGCUGUGGUGGGCUCCGUGUCUGCCACCUGCCUCACCAUCCUUGCUGCUUUGCUCACGCUGGUGUGCAUCCGCCGAAGUUGCCUGCAGCGAAGGCGCACCUUCACCUACCAGUCAGGCUCGGGUGAGGAGACCAUCCUGCAGUUCAGCUCGGGGACCUUGACACUGACUCGGAGGCCAAAGCAGCAGCCGGAGCCUCUGAGCUACCCGGUGCUGGAGUGGGAGGACAUCACCUUUGAAGACCUCAUCGGGGAGGGGAACUUCGGCCAGGUCAUCCGGGCCAUGAUCAAGAAGGACGGGCUCAAGAUGAACGCUGCCAUCAAGAUGCUGAAAGAAUAUGCCUCGGAAAAUGACCACCGUGAUUUUGCGGGGGAACUGGAAGUCCUGUGCAAACUGGGUCACCACCCCAACAUCAUCAACCUCCUGGGGGCCUGCGAGAACCGAGGUUACUUGUACAUUGCUAUUGAAUAUGCCCCCUAUGGGAACCUGCUCGACUUCCUGCGGAAGAGCCGCGUGCUGGAGACAGAUCCUGCCUUUGCCCGUGAGCAUGGCACAGCCUCCACCCUCAGCUCCCGGCAGCUGCUACGCUUUGCCAGUGAUGCUGCCAACGGCAUGCAGUACCUGAGUGAGAAACAGUUCAUCCACAGGGACCUGGCUGCGCGUAACGUACUGGUUGGGGAGAAUCUGGCAUCCAAGAUCGCAGACUUUGGCCUCUCUCGGGGGGAGGAGGUUUAUGUGAAGAAGACAAUGGGGCGUCUCCCUGUGCGCUGGAUGGCCAUUGAGUCUCUGAACUACAGUGUCUACACCACCAAGAGUGACGUCUGGUCUUUCGGAGUCCUGCUCUGGGAGAUUGUGAGCCUUGGAGGCACCCCUUACUGCGGCAUGACCUGCGCUGAGCUGUACGAGAAGCUGCCUCAGGGCUACCGCAUGGAGCAGCCACGCAACUGUGAUGACGAAGUGUACGAGCUGAUGCGGCAGUGCUGGCGGGACCGGCCCUACGAGCGGCCCCCCUUUGCCCAGAUCGCACUGCAGCUGGACCGCAUGCUAGAAGCCAGAAAGGCCUAUGUGAACAUGUCGCUGUUUGAGAACUUCACCUACGCGGGCAUCGAUGCCACAGCAGAGGAGGCCUGAGCGGCCGGCUGUCCUGCCGGAACCUGGCUCUGCUGGCCGGAGCAAACGCUACUUUCCACCCCAUGGGACUUCUGACCCCUGCAGCCUCUGACCUGGGCUGCAUCAGGUGUUUUGUUUUGUUUUGUUUUGUUUUGUUCUGU